GGACUGUAACAUUGAAUCAAUUACAGGUUGCUCUUGCAGAGGCGCAUUUGUGUGAGUGGCCGUGGUGCAGGACGGAGGAGCACAGCAUAAGGGAGAGGAUUACUACUGCUUUACAACUGAGGACCCUUGGGCUGAUUAGAGUAUUUUACAAGAGCUUUGCCAUUCAUUUUGGCUGUUCUUUUUUAUCAAAGGGAACAACCAAAAGGGAUUAAAAAGCUGAGCACAAUCAAAGUGACCAUGGGAUUCCUGGAGACACAUCUCGUUUUGGGGAUUGUCUUACUAGGGGCAUUUUCAGAUGUUUCAAAACCUUGGCCGGUCAUUAAUUCAGAUAAAAAAGAAUUUAUUCUGACACCUCAUUCGGAGUUCAACAUCACAUGCUCUGGAGAAAGCAGAGUGAGAUGGGCCGAGCCAUUACCGGACAACAGCGAAAUGCAUUCCGGGUUUAAUCACAGUACUUUGGUGAUCACUGAUGUUGAGGCAUUAAACACACGUCUCUAUGCCUGCGAAUAUGUGGAUCAUCCCGAAAGAUACGCUGAUAUCUACGUUUUUGUUCCAGAUCCUGAGGUUCCAUUCGUGUCUGAACCUGUUGUUGACACAAAUGAGAUGGGCAUAAUUAUCCCAUGUCUCGCUACAAACCCACAUUCUCAAGUGAUUCUCAGAGACCUGCAGAGUGGGGAUGAGGUUUCUCUGUUUUACGACCACAAGAUCGGCUUUAUCGGCAUAAUAUCACCAGGUCAAUACGUUUGCGAGACGAGCGUGAAUGGCAAAGAAGUGAGGAGCAGCGUUUAUACUGUGACGGAUGACGAAGAUGAUAAACAGCAUGAGAACGAGGAAGAACAGCAGGGCUUCAGCAUGCAGCUAAGAGCCAGUAUGGAUUCUGUGAAAGAGGGGGAUGCUGUCAAUCUCACCUGUGAGACUCCUCCUGGAAAGGCUUUCCACCAGCAGUGGCUGCAUCCCCAAAACCAGGCCAGAGAGGCUGUUCCGAUAAAGUUAGCUUUCCCAGACAAGGUUCAGUACAUCCUCAACAUCCCAAAAUCCUCUGUGGCAGACACUGGACGCUACGAGUGUUCUGUAACCAACCAGAUCAAUGGACAAACCAAAUCCAGCAGCCUGUGGAUCACAGUCCACGAGAGCUCUUUUGUGGAAGUAAUAUCUAAUGGUAUUGGGCCAGCGGAAGUUGCGUCUCUUCUGGAGGAAAAAGAGUUCACCAUUUACAUUGAUGCUGACCCUGAGCCAAAGGUCAGGUGGUUUAAAGAUGGCCUUCAGCUGGAUGACCGCUACAUCUCCACCAAGACCACUCAUCUGGGUGGCCUCAGAUAUGAGAAUAUUCUGGUCUUCCGGCAUCCCAUAGAAGAGGACAGUGGCAUCUAUGAGGUUGUUGCGUCGACUGGCUCCAGGACUUCAAGAUUUUCAUUCAAACUGCUGGUUGAGGCCAUAUACCCUGAGCUGCCACAGUCAGUGCUGGCUCCAGUGAUGUGGCCCCAGAGGGAGAGCAUGGAGGUGUCUCUCCACUCAACUUUCAGACUCACAUGUCGAGGUCAGGCCGAGCUCACUUGGGACAGCCCUGUUAAUCUUCAUGAUCAGACCAACUCUGAAAAGAAAGGACUCUUCAUCUCCACUGUGACUGUUGGCAAUGCGACAGCUGCUCACACAGGAAAAUACAGCUGCAGCUAUGAAUUCAGCAACAACACUGAGAAGACCACCAUCUACAUCUAUGUGCCAGACCCACAAACGCCGUUUGUACCAUUCAUGAUACCUUUCGAAAACCACGUUUUGAGUCAUGAUGAAAUGGAGAUUCCCUGCCGUGUGACAGACCCCGACGCCAGCGUCUCUCUGAUUCACAUUGAGACCAAUCAGGUUCUGCCCAGUGCCUAUGACAGCAAGAGAGGUUUCGUUGGCCUCUUCAGCGCUGGCACGUAUGUCUGCAGAGCCCUCAUUAAUGGACAGAAUUAUGACAGCACACAGUACAUCGUUCAUGGCUGGACAGGAGGGUCUGAUUUGAGGGUUGAGCUACGAGCGGAGAAGAAGGCUCUGCUGGCGGGUGAGACAAUCACUGUUGACUGUGUGGCCAGAGGCAGCAUGAUGUUGGAGGAUCACUGGAAAUACCCUGGGAAACUGGCGGAUAGAGGAGUAAAGACCGUGAAGGAGAGUGAGCGAGAUCUUGAGAUCCAUUAUACUCUGAGAGUGACUAAUGCCUCACCGAAAGACAGCGGCGUCUACGCCUGCUCCAUCACUAACAUUAACAGCAACGAGAGCCAAACCAAAGAGCUCACUAUUACCGUCUAUGAUCAUGAGUUUGUGCACAUAAACCCAUUGAUUGGUCCAGUGGAGACUACUAGGCUGGAUGAGGUGCGAGAGUUCAGGGUGGACAUAGAGUCUUUACCCGCCCCUAAAGUCACAUGGUUAAAGGACGGUUCCGUUCUGGGAGACGUUGCUGCAGAGAUCAGCACCAUCCUCCUGGAAAUCAGCGAUACCAGUUACCAGGCUGUGUUGACCCUGAUCAGGGCUAAAGCAGAGGACAGUGGGAACUAUACCAUCAGGGCAGAAAUAGGCAGCCUAACUACCAGCUACAAUUUCUACCUUCAGGUUAAAGUUCCCCCUGUGAUUGUGGACCUGAUUGACAUCCAACAUGGCUCUGCUGCAGGUCAGGAAGUGGUGUGUACUGUUGGCGGCUCCCCUGUCCCGGACGUGGACUGGUAUAUCUGCAAAAACAUUAAACACUGUGCCAACGAUUCCUCCCAGUGGAUACCGCUUCCGAUCAACUCUACGGACAUCACUGUGGAACUCCAAAUGGAUGUGGACAACCACAUCGAGAGUCACAUCAUUUUCCACCAUCUUGAGAGCACGAUUGCUGUGCGCUGUAUGGCCAGAAAUGACAUGGGUGCUGUUUCACGGGAGGUUAAACUUGUGUCAAAUGGUCCGCACUCAGAGCUCACUGUGGCUGCUGCUGUUCUGGUGCUGCUGGUCAUUGUCGUCAUCUCACUCAUUGUGCUGCUCAUUAUCUGGAAACAGAAACCUCGUUAUGAGAUCAGAUGGCGUGUGAUUGAAUCGGUCAGUCCGGACGGUCACGAAUACAUCUAUGUCGAUCCCAUGCAGCUUCCAUAUGAUUCCCGCUGGGAGUUCUCUCGAGAUAGCCUUGUUCUGGGUCGUGUCCUGGGCUCAGGAGCGUUUGGGAAAGUGGUGGAGGGCACUGCUUACGGACUCAGUCGUUCUCAACCUGUGAUGAAAGUGGCUGUAAAAAUGCUUAAACCAACAGCACGCUCCAGUGAGAAACAGGCUUUGAUGUCAGAGCUGAAAAUUAUGACCCACCUGGGCCCUCACCUAAACAUCGUCAAUCUUCUGGGAGCGUGCACCAAAUCAGGACCAAUCUACAUCAUCACAGAGUAUUGUUUCUAUGGAGACCUGGUGAAUUACCUGCAUAAGAACAGAGAUGGUUUUCUCAGCCGCCACACAGAAAAGGGCAAGAAAGAUCUAGACAUCUUUGGCAUCAACCCUGCCGAUGAGAGCAGUAGGAGCUACGUCAUCCUGUCUUUUGAGGGGAAAGGUGAUUAUAUGGACAUGAAGCAAGCAGACACCAUGCAAUAUGUCCCCAUGCUGGAAAUGAGUGAAGCUUCAAAAUACUCUCCCAUCCAGAGAUCAGACUAUGACCAUCCUCCCACUUACAGACAGUCAAUUGACGGUGAAGUUGAGAACCUUCUCUCAGAUGACACCAAUGAAGGCCUGACGACAGUGGACCUCCUCAGCUUCACCUAUCAGGUGGCUCGAGGAAUGGAGUUCUUGGCCUCUAAGAACUGUGUACACAGAGACUUGGCUGCACGUAAUGUCCUGCUGUCUCAAGGCAAGAUAGUGAAGAUCUGUGACUUCGGGCUGGCCAGAGAUAUCAUGCACGAUAACAACUAUGUCUCCAAAGGAAGUACUUUUCUUCCAGUGAAGUGGAUGGCCCCUGAGAGUAUUUUUGAUAACCUGUACACUACACUCAGUGACGUCUGGUCUUAUGGCAUCUUAUUAUGGGAGAUCUUCUCUCUUGGAGGGACACCUUAUCCAGGUAUGGUUGUGGAUUCCAGCUUCUACAACAAGAUCAAGAGUGGAUACCGAAUGGCGAAACCCGAGCAUGCUUCCAGUGAAGUUUAUGAGCUUAUGAUGAAGUGUUGGAACAGUGAACCAGAGAAGAGACCGUCUUUCCACAGCCUGAGUGAUACGGUGACCUCUCUGCUGCCCUCAGGAUAUAAGAGGUGUUAUGAACGUGUGAAUCAUGACUUCCUGAAGAGCGAUCACCCCGCUGUGACUCGGGUGCAGUGUAUUGACAAUGAUGAUGAGUACAUGGGCGUGCUCUACAAGAACCAGGGCAAACUAAAGGACCGCGAGAGCGGCUUUGAUGAACAAAGACUCAGCUCUGACAGCGGUUACAUCAUUCCUCUGCCGGACCUCGACCCACUGUCAAAUGAAGACUACAGCAAGAGGAACCGCCACAGCUCUCAGACGUCGGAUGAAAGCGCAAUAGAGACAGGCUCUAGCAGCUCCAUGACCAAGCGUGAAGGAGAGACCCUGGAGGACAUCACCUUGCUGGACGAGAUGUGCUUAGACUCAGAGUCAGGAGACCUGGUGGAGGACAGUUUCCUGUAAGAGAAAGAUGCAGAGAGAGAGAGAAAGACAUCUACAGACUAAUUUUACUCUGAUUCAUUACAAGUUCAUGGAUCUCUCACUGCAUCCUUCAAUCAUAUUUUCCUCACUACACUCUAAUGGAGUCUUCAGAAGAAGAAAAAAAACUUUGAUGUGUGAAUGUCAUUGAUGUUUUUGGAUUAGACAUCGCCCUCUACAGGUCUGGAGGAAUGAGCUGUGCACCACAGGACUUUAUGAGCACUCUUGAUGAGGCUCAGUAAGUGGUUAAGUGACACUAAUCGAGCUAAGACCAAUGAGUUGGGGAAGUGGAGAAAAUAUUUGUUUCUGUAUAUCAUUUCUGUAUGUUUGUAAUGUGUUUGUUCGUGUGUGUCAGUGAAUUAUAUGAUCUGUAUUUUGACGGGCAUUCUGAUCAGCAAUAUAAGCAUGUCAGUUAAAAGCAUUUCAGUGACCUGAGUGGUUUCACAACUGCUACCUUUCAGAUGAAUCCAUCUGAACUACUAAAAAACCACUAUCAACACUUAAACCAGCAUAACCGAGUCAACCCGAGGCCUGUUUUAUUUUGUUUUCCUGAACUCCCACAUUUUUACAGAACCUCUUGUUAUUUGAGGAGCAGUAAACCAACUAAACAGCACAAACCCCGUAAGAUAUAUUGGUUUAAUGUAACUGAUAUCGUCAAUGUCUCAAUAAGUGUGGCAGUUUGAAUUUUAUUUUUGUACUAUUUGGAUAGAAGGGAUAUAUUGUUUGUGAAUACUGAGUUUGGAAGUUAUGUAGUCCUAAAUGAAGAAAAUGGCAACUGUGUUUUGACUUUUGACUCGCAUUAUAUUUUUGUAACUUCAAACUUAAUAAGUUGCCAAUAUGUCACUAUUUAUAACAUCUUUAUGUGUGGCCAAAGGUUUAACCAAACUGAAGCAAAGAAUUUUCUGAUUUUGUAACUAUUAUGUUAGUCUGAGGCAUUACUGAUAUUCAAAGCUAAUCUUUUAAAAAAGAUGAUCCAAAUGAAAUGGCUUUUACCUAGUCUUUGAAGCUUGUGCUUGUAUUGCAGUAUAGUCAUGAGGAAAGACUGUGAAUCAGUGAAAUCACUUUCUUAUGUUUGAAAGUCGGUACCUUUAUCAGUUUUCUCUGAUUCUGCUCCAAGUUGUUCCUGUCAAGUGGAAAUGCCCCCCCCCCCCACUACCAAGAGCGAUUAAAAAAAUCACAGUGUAGAUAAAAUCACAUAGCCAAAUCCUGUAGUCUUGAAGCAUCUUAGAGACACAUUGUUUAGAUUUUCUUUACUUUGAUGUUAUACAUCACUGUUUGUUGUAAGUGUGUAUCAUUGUAUAACAAGACUUCAGCAUAUCACUGCCUGCCCCCAUCUUCUCGCUCUACUGUGGCACGUCAAGAGGAGAUAUAUUUGUAUAAAAAAUGUUGCACUUUUUUAAAAACUCUUCUGAAUAUGUUAUAGCAUUUCAUUAUUCUGCUUUUUGUGUGUGUGUGAGUGUUUAUAGACGUUGAAAAUGUGUCUAUGCUGAAAAAGGAAGAUAAAUGAUUCCUAAAGAGACAGUAGAGUGAAUGUUCUUGUGCAGGAGAGGAAUGAAGUAUAUUCUAUGGUACAAUAUGCGUAAUGUUAGGUAGUUAUUCCCUUUAACAGAUUUUAUUCUUUUGCUAUUAUUAUACAUUAUGACCAUGUACAUUCCAAAGAUUUAUAUUUCAAUAAAUGAGAUUUAAUUGAC